CAUAUGGAGACUAACAGCACAGACACACUGCAGGCAGACUUUGAUGCAUUUGAUAUUUCUGAGGAGCUUGGCUUUCUCCUUGAAGAGCCACUGACUAACCUUCCAGACUAUUAUCGGGUGUGGCUGGACCUGGCGAACAAUCUCACACAUCUGAUAGAGACACGGAAACUGCGGGAUCUGGUACACAAGAUGCCGGUCUUGAGUCCAUACCUCUUGAGUAACCAUCGGGAGCUCAGGCUGGCUCACCUAGCGCUGGGAUUCAUCAGCAUGGGAUACGUGUGGCAGGAAGGACAACGUGAACCUGCUCAGAUUCUUCCAAAAGCCCUGGCCUGGCCCUAUUGGGUGGUAUCCCGUAGGCUCGGCCUUCCACCAAUCCUGACUUAUGCAGAUUCAGUUUUAGCCAACUGGAAAUUAAAGGAUCCCACAGGGGACAUGGAAAUUGGGAACAUGGAUUUGAUAUUUUCCUUUCCUGGUGGUGAGACUUGCAGGGGAUUUUUCAUGGUGUCACUGUUGGUCGAGAUGGCUGCCAGUUCAGGCAUAAUGGGGGCUCUGGAGGUGAUGCACGCUAUGAAAAUCUCAGACCUCAUCGGCAUACAGAAAGGUCUCUCUAAAGUGACUCAGUCUUUGAAGAAGAUGAAGGAAACUUUCAAACUCAUGCACAAUCAUGUGGAUCCAACUGAAUUUCAUGGAACAUUGAGAAUUUUUGUCUCGGGGUGGCGAGACAACCCCAUGCUUCCAAGGGGGCUGUUGUAUGAAGGUGUGAGCAAUGAGCCAAUUUUGUUAUCAGGUGGAAGUGCAGCCCAGAGUUCAACCAUUCAGUGCUUUGAUGCUUUGCUGUGCAUCAAGCAUGAGGAUGAGACAGGAGCUUUCCUGACACGCAUGAGGGAUUACAUGCCUCCUGCCCAUCGUCAGCUGAUAGAGACUCUGUCUGACUGUCCAUCUCUGCGAGACUUCAUCCUGUCCCACUCCAGCUCUGAUCUCUGCCAGGCCUACAAGUCCUGUGUCUCAGCGCUGGUGGAUUUACGGAACUACCACCUCAAUACUGUGACCAAGUAUGUCAUUGUGCCCGGUAAUCAGGCUCGCGCCAUGGGCUGCCCGCUGAGAGGUGUCGGCACUGCACUGAACGCCACAGGGACCGGCGGAUCCAACCUCAUGGUCUUCCUCAAGGGUGUUCGUAACACCACUCAGAAAGCACUGAUCUUGGAGAGGCCAUCUGUGUCAAGAGAAACUGAAAUAUAAUUUAUAGCGUAUAUUACACUAUCCAAAAGCUCUUUAUGCACUAUGCUUUUUAGGCUGCAUUUAUGAAACGUUUACAAAUAUCAACAAA